UUCAUAUGGUAAUCAAAGCUGGAUUGACGCAUGAAGUGAGUUCAAAAAAGUAGGCAUAGUUAGAUUGGUUGGAACGUGGUGAGUAUAUGUAAUGUCAGAUUCGGAAGAUGACUUCAAUAAUAAUCAGAUAAAAGUGGUGGUCCUAGGAGAACAAAACGUUGGUAAGACUAAUAUAAUCAAAAGGUACUGCUAUGACGAUUUUUCGAGAAUUUACGUACCAACGGUGGGAGCUGAUUUUUUUAUUAAGAGGACAUCACUAUCGAAAAAUAAAGAGAUAACAGUAAGAUUUACUGACGUCAGCGGCCUUGAACUGGCAGGGCAUAUGUUAAAAACCUAUUUAUUUCAAGUAAAUAUCGUUAUAUUGGUAUAUGACAUUACCGAAUACAAAAGUUUUGAUUCUCUUGCUAUAUGGUUAAGAGUAGUAGAUCAAAUAAUAGAAAAUAAUACGGAAAGUCAGAAGCUAAUAGCCGUUUUUGGCAAUAAAUGUGAUCUAGAACAUAAGAGAUCAGUGAGAUUGGAUAAAACAAAUCAUUUCAUCAACGAACAUCAAUUAGUCAAUUACUUCGUUUCUGCCAAAACAGGAGAAAAUAUAAACUCUGCGUUUACUGAACUGCUGGCCAGAUAUUUCAACGUGCCAUUAACCAGACUAGAAAAGGAAAAACAAAAAAUGGUAAUGAAGGCUGAACUAAUACCUAAUACACCUGUGAUAAGUACGAAGAAUGGCUGUAGUAAAAUGAAAAUGAAAAAUAAUGUGAAUACUGUUAAGAACAAGAAUAAAAAGAACAACGCUGUUCGUUCGGAGAACUCGUGCACAGUUCAGUAA